AUGUCUUGGACCUCACGACUCGGCAACCUCGGCCGCUUCUCGCCGUUCACACGCUCCCCACCUCAGGGUUCAACAAAAGUCAGCGAUGCCGACUUCAGCUACAUCACAGCAGACGACUUACGAAGACACCAGGCUGAGUCGGGAAACCCUCAACAAGAUUCGUCAGAGUCAUACGGUGACUACGAUCCGCCGCGUGAGACGGACUCGUUGACGGUUCGCAACAAGAAGCAGGAAUACACCGUCCACUUCCCAGCCUACAGCAUUGCAAAAGGCGAGCUCACGAUCGGACAACUGCGCGAGCAGGUAGCCAAGAAAGUCGGCACCAGCGAUGCCAGACGCAUCAAGCUUCUCUACAAAGGAAAGAAUUUGAAGGAUGACUCGAGGACAUGCAAACAGGAGAACCUGAAGCACGGUGUGGAAUUGAUGUGCACCGUCGCAGACAGAGCACCCUCACUGAGCGACAGCGACAGCGAGGAUGAUCUCGAUGGAGUCGACGACACGCGCGAGGGCGAACCCAAACGUCGACGGAACAGGGGCAAGAAGACGAAGCGCCGCAACAAGAGAGAAGAGCGCGAUGUCCCUCCCUCCGGCUCGUAUGGCGACCCAAAUCUGGGUGUGCCCAGUGGCAGUCAGCAAGCCUCGCGCACGCAGUCUCCCAAACCACCACCUUCGCCUGCCACCCCGCUCGACAAGCUGAACGCCAUCAACGCCAAGUUGCAGUCCUUGAUACCCGACGUCCGCGCCUUCAAAACCUCUCCACCAUCAGACCCGGCCAAGAAGGAAUUCGAGCACAAGCGCCUUUCCGAGACCAUCUUGACACAGGUCCUUUUGAAGUUGGAUGCAGUGGAGUCGGAGGGCGAUGUUGACGCAAGGUCACGCCGGAAGGAACUUGUGCAAGAGACCCAGAAGGUGCUGCAAGACUUGGACGCUGCUAUGAAGGCGUGA